CUGCUGAUAAACUUUAAUGAAAAUAAAGCAAAAUAAUUGUUUAAUAAUAAAAGUGCGCAAAAAAUGCAGCAGUUUUGAAGUAGCAACUUUUUUUUUUUUUAAAGUGCCAUUGAUCUAAGCACUUAUAUUUGCACCUAUUACAGUGUGCAAUUCAGCCUAUCCCUACUAACAUCAAUUUGUUCUUUCGCGUAUUAUUGUUAAGCAUAAACAUUUGUGGAGUACUUCAGCUGUUUUCCGCAUAGCAUUCCUUUAGUUAGACACGGCUGCGGUACUUCAUUCUAUUCCUUUUGCAAGCGCUUUCCCACGGCAGAGUGGGCGUAGAAGAACCUAGAAAAGCAUUCGACAGUUUUACAGCCAUGCUUCAACUGAGGGACUUUCAAAAUGUAUGCCCCGAUGAUUUGACAGCAGCCCUGGCUCUGCAGGUCUACAACGACUUAAAAAGGGAUGAGCGAUGUGGCCACUUGCAGCCGCAUUAUGAUGAUGAUUUGAAGGUGUUUUACUUGCGCAAAGAGGACACACAGGCGGCUUACAUACCCUUGAUACAUACGAAGGGCAUACAUUUCAGCCUGGUUGAGGCAAUGCAGGAUAAAUUUGGAAAAAAUAAUAUAUUUUUGGCCAUAGUGGAUAAUACAGGCAAUAUAUUGUAUUACCAGGUGACUGAAGGAUUCAGUGAAAAGAAGUUCUAAAUAUGUUUAAUAUAAUCUAUCAUAGAAAACGCUGUCCCCCAAUAUAUUUUAAGAUUUA